AUGUCUCUUCUUUCUUCUUACAAUCCCAAAACACAUAUGGUUCUGUUUCCUUUCAUGUCCAAAGGCCAUACUAUCCCCCUUCUUCACCUUGGUCGCCUCCUCCUCGACCGCGGCAGCUCGAUAACCCUCUGCACCACCCCGGAAUCUCUUUCCGGCGAUGAUAUUACCAUCAUAGACCUUCCAUUUCCAGGGAACAUUCCCGAUCAGUUCCUCCAUUGGAUGGUGGAAUCUGCCAUGAAAUUUGGCAUUCAACUGCUGGGAUUCAAUGGUAUGAGCAACUACGUGAAUGCAAUUAACAGAGAUGCAGACAUCAAUGGGCUACUGUUACUACACGAGUCCGCCGACGAACCCUUCACUNGCUACUGUUACUACACGAGGCCGCCGACGAAUCCUUCACUCUCAUCAGCUUUCCAUGGAUUAAGCUCACCAGAAAAACUAGUUCUGUAUGUUGCAUUCGGGUCCCAAGCAGAAAUAUCAUCAACACAGUUGACAGAAAUCGCUCGUGGCCUGGAAGAAUCGAAAGUGAACUUCUUGUUGGUAGUGAGAAAGAAUGGAAUUGAAUUAGGUGACGAAUUUGAAGACAGGAUAAAGGAAAGUGGAAUCGUAGUAAAUGAAUGGGUUAAAUGA